GACCGUCUGCUAGCUGCCUCCCGUCACAGAGGUCAGCUAAUUCUCAGCACAUAGAGACUCUUUCACCUAGAUAUCACACUAUAGAGACUGUGUCUGUUCCCCGAACUAGAAAAUACAAAAAAAAAACGUCCAAACCAAGUUAAGGUUAACAAUUUAAUUGAGGUUCAACAAAUAAAAAACAAAUGCAAUAUGGAUAAACAAAUGAUAAAGAUUGGCUUAUUGAAUAUCAGAUCCAUUUCUACGAAAACACUUUUUGUAAAUAAUAUGAUAACUGAUCAUAAUAUAGAUGUGCUCUGCUUGACAGAAACCUGGCUAAAACCUGAUGAUUACAUUAUUUUAAAUGAGUCCACCCCCCAAGAUUAUUGUUAUAAACACGAGCCGCGUCUAAAAGGCAAAGGGGGAGGAGUUGCUUCAAUUUAUAAUAACGUUUUCAGGAUUUCUCAGAGGGCAGGCUUCAAGUAUAACUCGUUUGAAGUAAUGGUGCUUCAUAUAACAUUAUCCAGAGAAACCAAUGUUAAUGAUAAAUCCCCUGUUAUGUUUGUACUGGCUACUGUAUACAGGCCACCAGGGCACCAUACAGACUUUAUUAAAGAGUUUGGUGAUUUUACAUCCGAGUUAGUUCUGGCUGCAGAUAAAGUCUUAAUAGUUGGUGUUUUUAAUAUCCAUGUCGAUAAUGAAAAAGAUGUAUUGGGAUCAGCAUUUAUAGACAUUCUGAACUCUAUUGGUGUUAGACAACACGUUUCAGGACCUACUCAUUGUCGAAAUCAUACUCUAGAUUUAAUACUGUCACAUGGAAUUGAUGUUGAUAGUGUUGAAAUUAUUCAGCCAAGUGAUGAUAUCUCAGAUCAUUAUUUAGUUCUGUGUAAACUUCAUAUAGCCAAAAUUGUAAAUUCUACUUCUUGUUACAAGUAUCGAAGAACCAUCACUUCUACCACAAAAGACUGCUUUUUAAGUUAUCUUCCAGAUGUAUCCGAAUUCCUUAGCAUAUCCAAAACCUCAGAACAACUUGAUGAUGUAACAGAAACUAUGGACUCUCUCUUUUCUAGCACUUUAAAUACAGUUGCUCCUUUACGCUUAAGAAAGGUUAAGGAAAACAGUUUGACACCAUGGUAUAAUGAGCAUACUCGCACCCUAAAGAGAGCAGCCCGAAAAAUGGAGCGCAGCUGGAGGAAAACAAAACUAGAGGUAUUUCGUAUUGCUUGUCGGGAAAGUAGCAUAUCCUACAGAAAAGCAUUAAAAACUGCUAGAUCUGAUUACUUUUCUUCUCUUUUAGAAGAAAACAAACAUAACCCCAGGUAUUUAUUCAAUACAGUGGCUAAAUUAAUGAAAAAUAAAGCCUCAACAAGUGUUGACAUUUCCCAACACCACAGCAGUAAUGACUUUAUGAACUACUUUACUUCUAAAAUCGAUACUAUUAGAGAUAAAAUUGCAACCAUUCAGCCGUCAGCUACAGUUUCGCAUCAGACAGUGCACUAUAGACCCCCUGAGGAACAGUUCCACUCAUUCUCUACUAUAGGAGAGGAAGAUUUGUAUAAACUUGUUAAAUCAUCUAAACUUACAACAUGUAUGUUAGACCCUAUACCAUCUAAGCUCUUAAAAGAGGUGCUUCCAGAAGUCAUAGGUCCUCUUCUGACUAUUAUUAAUUCCUCAUUGUCAUUAGGAUAUGUCCCCAAAACCUUCAAAGCCUCUCAUAAAAAAGCCACAACUUGACCCCAGAGAACUAGUUAAUUAUAGACCAAUCUCGAAUCUCCCUUUUCUGUCCAAGAUACUAGAAAAGGUGGUAUCCUCACAAUUAUAUUCCUUCUUAGAGAAAAAUGGUAUAUGUGAGGAUUUCCAGUCAGGAUUUAGACCGUAUCAUAGUACUGAAACUGCUCUCCUUAGAGUUACAAAUGAUCUGCUCUUAUCAUCUGAUCGUGGGUGUAUCUCUCUAUUAGUUUUAUUGGAUCUUAGUGCUGCGUUUGACACAAUUGACCACAACAUUCUUUUGCAUAGACUUGAACACUUUGUUGGCAUCAGUGGAAGUGCAUUAGCAUGGUUUAAAUCGUACUUAUAUGACCGCCAUCAGUUCGUAGCAGUGAAUGAAGAUGUAUCAUAUCGAUCACAAGUGCAGUAUGGAGUACCUCAAGGCUCAGUUCUAGGGCCGCUACUCUUCACGCUUUAUAUGUUACCCUUGGGAGAUAUCAUCAGGAAACAUGGUGUUAGCUUUCACUGUUAUGCUGAUGAUACGCAGCUCUAUAUUUCCUCGCAGCCCGGUGAAACACACCAAUUUGAAAAACUAAUGGAUUGUAUAGUCGAUAUAAAAAAAUUGGAUGACGAGUAAUUUCUUACUGCUAAAUUCAGAAAAAACAGAGGUGUUAAUCAUAGGGCCUAAAAACUCUACUUGUAAUAACCUAGAACACUGUCUAAGACUUGAUGGUUGCUCUGUCAAUUCUUCGUCAUCAGUUAGGAACCUAGGUGUGCUACUUGAUCGCAAUCUUUCCUUAGAAAGCCACGUUUCUAGCAUUUGUAAAACUGCAUUUUUCCAUCUCAAAAAUAUAUCUAAAUUACGGCCUAUGCUCUCAAUGUCAAAUGCAGAAAUGUUAAUCCAUGCAUUUAUGACUUCAAGGUUAGACUAUUGUAAUGCUUUAUUGGGUGGUUGUUCUGCACGCUUGGUAAACAAACUACAGCUAGUCCAAAAUGCAGCAGCAAGAGUUCUUACUAGAACCAGGAAAUAUGACCAUAUUAGCCCGGUCCUGUCCACACUGCACUGGCUCCCUAUCAAACAUCGUAUAGAUUUUAAAAUAUUGCUUAUUACUUAUAAAGCCCUGAAUGGUUUAGCACCUCAGUAUUUGAAUGAGCUCCUUUUACAUUAUACUCCUCUACGUCCGCUACGUUCUCAAAACUCAGGCAAUUUGAUAAUACCUAGAAUAUCAAAAUCAACUGCGGGCGGCAGAUCCUUUUCCUAUUUGGCGCCUAAACUCUGGAAUAACCUACCUAACAUUGUUCGGGAGGCAGACACACUCUUGCAGUUUAAAUCUAGAUUAAAGACCCAUCUCUUUAACCUGGCAUACACAUAACAUACUAAUAUGCUUUUAAUAUCCAAAUCCGUUAAAGGAUUUUUAGGCUGCAUUAAUUAGGUAAACUGGAACCGGAACACUUCACAUAACACCGUACUUUCUACAUCAUUAGAAGAAUGGCAUCUACGCUAAUAUUUGUCUGUUUCUCUCUUGUUCCGAGGUCACCGUGGCCACCAGAUCCAGUCUGUGUCCAGAUCAGAGGGUCACUGCAGUCACCCGGAUCCAGUACGUAUCCAGACCAGAUGAUGGAUCAGCACCUAGAAAGGACCUCUACUGCCCUGAAAGACAGCGGAGACCAGGACAACUAGAGCCCCAGAUACAGAUCCCCUGUAAAGACCUUGUCUCAGAGGAGCACCAGGACAAGACCACAGGAAACAGAUGAUUCUUCUGCACAAUCUGACUUUGCUGCAGCCUGGAAUUGAACUACUGGUUCCGUCUGGUCAGAGGAGAACUGGCCCCCCAACUGAGCCUGGUUUCUCCCAAGGUUUUUUUCUCCAUUCUGUCACCGAUGGAGUUUCGGUUCCUUUCCGCUGUCGCCUCUGGCUUGCUUAGUUGGGGUCACUUCAUCUACAGCGAUAUCAUUGACUUGAUUGCAAAUUAAAACAGACACUAUUUCAACUGAACAGAGAUGACAUAACUGAAUUCAAUGAUGAACUGCCUUUAACUAUCAUUUUGCAUUAUUGAGACACUGUUUUCCAAAUGAAUGUUGUUCAGUGCUUUGGCGCAAUGUAUUUUGUUUAAAGCACUAUAUAAAUAAAGGUGA